UUGAAAAACAUACUUGUUUGCAAUAUCAGACAGCUACUGCGUUACAGUCUACAUUACAAAACAUGGGGAACAUUACUUGAAAUACACCACAAAAUGUAAGAGGAAAGCUUAAAACAUAGGAAGACAGGAAGCUGGUACAGAUAACACGGAUAAAGGGUUUGGGAAUAGAAUGAAUGUUACUACAUCAAAUAUUCCUACAGAAAAUCGCUUAGGCAUGAAGAAUUUGGCAUUAACCUUACAGAACCCUACCUCUCCAAUUAUUGAAGAAAUAGAUUUCAAGUCUAUACAUCAGCGCUCCGAACAAAUGCCUUUAUUCGAACAUGAAUUUGGAAUUCUUCUCUGUGACUUAUUAUCAGAAUUUGACUUGGAGUUAGAGACUUUAUACUUAUCAGAAAAUUUAGCCGAAUGUAUAGUAAGAAAACAUAGUGGCAUUCUUCAAAGGUUUGUUAUUGGACGACAACGACAAUAUAACAAUUUACCAUCACAUUACGAUUCAUUUACAGAAAAUGAUUUCCCCAAGGAAGUAGUUUUAAGCCAAUCAAGAGGUUUGGACACUGAAUUCUCAAGGGCUGCUGAACCUCAACAGAGAAAAUUGCUUUGUUUUGACGUAAAAUAUGGAGACAUUGACAAUUAUUUUAAACUGGAUAACAUUAAAAACCGAGAAGAUCAUAAAUGUGGAUGUAACUGUUUAAAAAAUUAUAAAGGUUCCCAGAACCAUUUCCCUAAAAUCAAAGAAAAUCAGGAAUCAUCGGAUCCAGCCCUGAAUAAUCUCUUAGUGUAUGAGGAAACAAGGCAGUUCAAGAGUGGAGAUGAUAUAACAAUUGAACGCUUCCAGCGAUACAAAAUUCGACCAUCAAAAGAAAAGUGGUCACAGAUAGUGAUGGGUACAGGAAAAGUAAAACCCAAGGUCAAUGGACAUGAACAACUUCACCCCCCAAUGUCGAACAGUCAUCGGACGUGCUUCAAGGAUCGAAGUGAGCCAUCGAUCUUAAACAUGACAACCUCGAACUUUCCUUCUAAUGACAUAAACCAAGUUUUACCCAAACGACUGCCUGGGACUGCAACGCAACAAUAUAUAUUUAAGAAGCCUCAAGGCAAAGAACUUAAAGAAAGAUAUAUUUUACCUAAGCAGACAAAAUUUAAAACCUUUGCCUCCAGAUAUAAACGAAUAAACAAUAUUAUGUCGGAGUCCGAACCACCUAAUGUCUUGAAUAAUUUCAACACACCAGCCACAGAAGUGAUUGGAAAUCGGAGAAAGAAUUUAAGAUCAGGAGUAUUUUGCAAAGUUGAAGAAAUGACUUCUAAGGAACGAAAGGCUUUUUUUACGUGUCAUGUUAGAGAUGAUAAUGCCAUUGAUGAACGACAGCCUCGCUUCAACCGUCACAGAAAGUUUGUAAAUGCAUUCAAGCCAUCGACAGUUAAUGCACAUCAGCCUUUGAAAAGGUGCACCGAUGCUCACUCUCCCCAACCAGCUCAUGAAGUGAAUAUUUACAUAAAACCAAAAGAUACUUCAAUUCCUGUUACUCAAAGAACUCUAACUGUUACUAAAACGCAAAACAUUGAUGGAACGAUACAAGCUCAUAAAGUAGAACAGAAGAAGGAAACGAUUGGACUGACCUAUGCGAAAUCCUGUGAAAAUGAAAAAGAACGAGUUGUUCAUGUGACGAACAAAGAAACGAGGAACAAAAGUCACAACAACGUACAAGAACAUGUUUCGAAUCACACAUCUUUAUACAUUCAGAGUGGGAAAUUAAACCACAAUGAGGAUGACAACGAAGUAUUCAACUAUGAGCUGGGAGGAAACUUUGAUAUUAAAUUAAAAAGUAAAGCAGAAAGUUUAAGAAAUAGCAUAGUAUCCCAAAAAUCUUUAUUAAUCAAGGACGCCAUAUUAGACGACUCAAUAAGUCCAGUUAAACACUUAAAAGAGACAAAGGAGCAGCUACUUUCUAGACAUAUUAAUCAAAUUGGUAAGAUAAGUUCAACAAGUAAACCAAUAAUUAAGGAAAUACUCUGGGCCCAAAAAUCUCCCCCGAUCUCAACUGUUACAACUAGCCCUGAUGUGUUUAGGCAUAGUACAACAAGUCGGCGCAUGGAUACCAACUGCGAAAACUAUAUAGAAGAUUAUAGUACCAAUUGUGAGCCACCCACGGCAUUCAUUGUGGAUAAAAAUACUCCUCCCUCUAAAAUCUGGACCAAUGAAUCCAACAGUCAAGAUUACAUAAAAUGGGAGGUGGAACAUGAGCAAACAACUGAUGAAAUGUGUAACAUUUUCACCAAAGAGGAAGAUAAUGUGAAUCAAAACCGCUCGGAUGGAAAUCAAUGCUCUGUUAUGUAGUUAUUGAGUUGUGUAUAUUAAACUUGGUAUGCUCUAACUUACUUAAUCUCACUUUAAGAAUCGAUGUUUAACUCAAAAUUAUAAAAUAUAUAUUGCCGUGAGUACAGGUUUUCUAGUGUAAACUACAA